CGGGCAGAUCGCCCAGCCUCCGCCCGGAGUCUGGGCUGGGAAGCGUUCGGGCGAAGAGGAGGAGCCAGGGACACCGUGCGGGUGGAGUCGGGAGCUCGAGAACCCGGGAGGCGUUUUGCCUGCACCAGGCUCUCCACGGCUACCAUGGCGUUUGGAAAGAGUCACCGGGAUCCCUACGCGACCUCCGUGGGCCACCUUAUAGAAAAGGCUACAUUUGCUGGUGUUCAGACUGAAGACUGGGGCCAGUUCAUGCACAUUUGUGACGUCAUUAACACUGCCAGUGAUGGGCCCAAAGAUGCAGUAAAAGCUUUGAAGAAAAGGAUUUCCAAAAACUACAAUCAUAAAGAAAUUGAACUUACUUUGUCACUUAUUGACAUGUGCGUGCAGAACUGCGGUCCAAGCUUCCAGUCUCUCAUUGUGAAGAAGGAGUUCAUUAAAGAUAGCCUCGUUAAGCUGCUGAAUCCCAAAUACAACUUGCCAUUAAACAUUCAGAAUAGAAUUUUGAAUUUUAUUAAGACUUGGUCGCAGGGUUUCCCAGGAGGUGUGGAUGUAAGUGAAGUGAAAGAAGUGUACCUGGACCUGCUUAAGAAAGGUGUUUACUUUCCUCCCUCGGAUGCAGAGGCUGAAACAGCAGAACAAGAGACGACUCAGAUCUUGGCAAACCCACCAACAUGUGUUCCUACUGCACCAGCUCUUUCCUCUGUGAUUGCUCCCAAGAACAUGACUAUUACAUUGGUCCCAGAACAGAUUGGAAAAUUGCUCAGCGAGUUGGACAUGGUGAAGAUGAAUGUGAGGGUGAUGUCCGCCAUAUUGAUGGAGACUAUUCCAGGAUCCGAAAACCGGGAAGAUCUCGAGCUUCUGCAGAAACUUUAUAAGACGUGUCGCGAGAUGCAGGAGCGGAUCAUGGACCUGCUGGUGGUGGUGGAGAAUGAAGAUGUAACCGUCGAGCUCAUUCAGGUGAAUGAGGAUUUGAAUAAUGCCAUCCUUGGAUACGAGAGGUUUACUCGAAACCAACAAAGGAUUUUGGAGCAAAAUAAUCAGAGGGAAAAUGCCAAUACUUCCAGUGAACCUUCUGCCCCGUCCUGUGAGCUCGUUGACCUAAGUCCCAGCCCUCCGAGUCAUAGGGCCUCCCUGGAAGAGCUCAACGCCAUGAAUGCUCAGCUUUCAGACUUAAGUUUCAGCUCUCCGCGUCCUCUUGUAACGAACAACUUGCAACCCAGUCUUCACCCACAGGCGGAUUUUCUAGCCUUGGGAAAUACAGAAACAGCCCCGUCUGCCCAGAGGACCGGCCCAGACCUCAUCUCAGAUCAUACAUACGAGAGCUUUCCAGACUAUUCAAAUGCAACAUUACUACACCCAGUGAGUCUCCUGGCCACUCCCACCACAGCAUCUAACCAGGUGCCACCAGCCUUGCCCGGCAACCAUCCAGCGGUGACAAAGAAUGAUCUCCAGCCACCCAAUUACUACGAGGUAAUGGAGUUUGAUCCCUUAGCUCCUGCUGUCACUACAGAAGCUACAUAUGAAGAAAUUGAUGUUUGUCACCAAAAAGGCACUCAAAAUCACAGUGACUGUUGAGGUAAAAGUGAAUGACCAGCCCACUAACUGCAUUAGGAGUAACAACUCGCUAAAAGGCAGACCCUGUCCAGCUCUGAGGCCCAGCAGACAAGACCGACCCCACACAUCACAACCACGGUGGAACAUUUCUCCUCUGCAACAGUGAGAUUUAAACAGAAGAGUGACAGUUCGUGUUUUAUCUCAAAACAACUGGGUUUUCACCCAGUUGUUCAUAUUCACAUAUUCACUGAAAACUUCAACAGGAGGAAAAUUCACUGUAUGGAGGCCAACCAGGUUAACUGGAGCAUCUUAUGUUUCACAGGCUUUCCCACCUUUAGAAAUCAUCUCAUGGCUGUGAUGAGAGUAGAUGAACACUUUUUAUUACAAAAUAAUUCUGAAUAGAUGUAAGCGUGAAAUGGGAGAGACUAAAUGUACUAUUCAAGAAGAAUAGUGAGUGCCUUCAUUUAACUGAAGUUAAAUAUAAAAGUCUAUUUGCACUUCUUUAUAAAUAAUAUUCUUGUUUAGAAUGAUGAAUUGUAAAAAAACCCUUAAUAUUGUAGUUUGUAUUUCAGGUACCCUGAAGAAGUCACCAAACGCUACAUCGAGUUGCCUUUAAAUACAAUUCUCUAUAAUACUAAA